AUGGAGAAAAACGAAGGAAAGACCUUCGAUACGAAAGCUGACACGAGAGAGUCUGAAUCGGAGGAGAAUGUUGGAUUGAAACCCCAUGGGGAGAUUGUUGGCAUUGAAGUCGACGACCCAGACGCUGGUUUGAGUGAUGAGGAGAGAGCAGCAAUUGAUAAGAAGCUGGUGCGAAAGCUGGAUAGGAGACUGAUCCCUUGGCUCAGUUUUCUCUAUCUUCUAAGCUUCUUGGACAGGUCAAACAUCGGAAAUGCGAAAAUAGAUGGACUACAGGACGAUCUCAGAAUGACGAAUAGUCAAUACAAUGCCACGCUGACAAUCUUCUUCGUCUCUUACUCGCUCCUCGAGCCGCUCACCAACGUUUUGCUCAAGAGGUUUCGGCCAAGUGUGUUUAUUCCGUCCAUAAUGAUAGCUUGGGGACUUUGCUUGACAUUUAUGGGUUUUGUUCGAAAUUUCACUGGCCUCAUGGUAGCGCGAUGGUUCCUAGGAGUCGCUGAGGCCGGACUAUUCCCCGGUGUGGGAUACUUGCUGUCCUGUUGGUACAAGCGAUCCGAAUUUGGUAUUCGUAUGGCUGUUUUCUUUUCUGCGGCGGCGAUUGCUGGCUCGUUUGGCGGUCUCCUUGCGGCCGCUAUAGCCCAGAUGCGUGGUGUUGGUGGGAGACCAGGCUGGGCGUGGAUUUUCAUCUUGGAAGGACUCGCGACUGUUGUCAUUGGCGUUGUUUCAUUCUGGGUUGUCGAGGAUUUCCCGGAUCAGGCAACUUUCCUGUCAGAGGAUGACCGCAAGAGGGUGAUCCGUCGCCUGGCCUCCGACAAGCAAUCGAGCGCUGGAUUGGAGAAAUUCAGAAUGGAGUAUUUUUGGGCCAGCGUGAAAGACUGGAAGACUUAUACUUCAGCCAUCAUAUACAUGGGUUGUGAUGGGUCGCUUUAUGCGUUCUCUCUUUUUGUACCGACGAUCAUUAAUGAGCUAGGUAUUUACGACUCUUUCCCAUCAAUUUCGAAUGUACUUUUAACACCACGUCUAGGUUUCUCUUCGACUCAGGCUCAGCUUCUAAGCGUUCCGCCAUAUGCGGUUGCGGCGGUCUUAACAAUCACUGUGGGAUAUAUCGCGGACCGCACUCGUCAGCGGGGCAUUUGCAACAUGGUUGUGUCGUUGUUUGGUAUCGCAGGGUUCAGCAUGCUCCUCGGCUCCCAGACACCAGCGGUGAAGUACAUUGGAACGUUUCUCGGAGCAAUGGGCAUUUACCCUGCGAUCUCAAAUACGAUUUCAUGGGCAAGCAAUAAUACUGAAGGUGUGUACAAACGCGGUGUCACGCUUGGUUUCGUUAUUGGAUGGGGGAACCUGCAGGGCUGCGUAACAUCCAACAUCUAUAGAGGAGACGAUAAACCGGAAUUCUACCCAGGCCACGGCACUGUGCUCGGAUAUCUAUUACUAUUCCAACUAGGCGGGAGCAUUGCACAGUACGUUCUCCUUCGGAUGGAGAACAGGAGACGGCUGCGCGGAGAGCGUGAUUAUUGGGUGGCUGGGCUUGAUGAGAAGCAGGUGGAGAUGAGAGGGGAUAUGCGUCCCGAUUUUAUAUACACUCUUUGA